AUGGAUGGGUCCCAUGAACCCUUCUAUAUUCGCUACUACUCUGGUCACUCAGGCCGCUUUGGUCACGAGUUUCUUGAGUUCGACUUUCGUGUUAUUGGCGACGGACGGAGCGCGACCGCCCGUUAUGCCAACAACUCCAACUACCGCAAUGACUCGCUCAUCCGCAAAGAAAUGUCCGUUUCGGCGCUCAUGAUCCAGGAGAUCAAGCGUAUCAUAAAAGACAGCGAAAUCAUGAAAGAAGACGACUCUAAGUGGCCGCAAAAGAACAAGGAUGGCAGGCAAGAACUCGAGAUUCGUGUGGGCAGCGAGCAUAUUCAGUUCGAGACUGCGAAGAUUGGCUCACUUGUGGACGUGACUGACUCUGCAGAUCCGGAGGGGCUGAGGGUCUUCUACUACCUGGUGCAAGAUCUGAAGGCGCUCGUUUUCUCCCUCAUUUCCCUUCACUUCAAGGUGAGAGUAACAUUUGUUCGCGUUGACCGUAUCUAA